AUGCAGCAUCAAUACUCGUUUGUAACGCAAUUUUCCGACGUUUUACCACUUUACAAUCAAAAAAUUAAUGCAAAAGGUCCAGUAAAAAAACGUGUCAAGACGGAACAAACUCAAGGCCAUCGAGAUCAAGUUCAAGCUCAAGCUCAAGCUCAAGCUCAAUUAGAAGUUUUACAGUUACAAACUCAACAUCACCAUUUGCAACAGGCUACGACGUCGUUAACUAUUACAAGUAGUGCAUUGGAUCAGGCAGCAGUGCAACAUGCUCAAGUUAUGAAUCAGAUGGCGAUGCAACAGAGUAUGCCCGAUAGUUUAAUGGACGUUGGAAUGACAUUGAAAGACGAUUCGAAGGAUUCAAAUGGAGGAAAAGACAAGAAAGGCAAGAGCGUGCAGCUGACUAAGAGUCAAAUUGAUAUGUUUGAUGAAGCAAUGGCUAUGCACGCAUAUGUGACAGGCAUGGCCUUUGAUGCGAUGGAAGACUCACAUUUGGCUAGAGCUAUCAAUAUUUUGCACCCGAAUGUAAAGCUCCCGGAUAAAAAAAAGCUCGAGGGAGAGUUGGCGAUCCGGUGCUACGAGAAGAUGUAUAAACAAGUGUGGGUAUACCUCACAACGAGUCCUUCUAGGGUAUGUUUUAAGAGAGAUGCGUGGUCGAAUUUCAAUUUGUAUCACACGAGUAAUCCAGACGAAACAUACGUGACGUACAUGGCGGUAAAUAAUGAAAAGAGGUUCUUUUUGGAGUCAGAGAAGGUAGCAGGAGAUGAAGCGCAGCAUGAUUCGAUCAUUAUUGCGCAAGAUAUUAAGCGAAUGAUGCAACCAAUUGGAAGCAAUGUAAGUGGAGUCGUGACGGGUAGUACCGAGUAUCACUCACGAGCAUGGGACAUGCUUAAAGCAGAGUACCCGACCAAAUUUUUCUAUGGCUGUAUCUGUCACGCACUACAUCUGGCUAUCAUGGAUAUUUUUGGCCCAGAAAAAUCUGUAGAUAACGAUCCAAGGCGAACUACGCCACAGAUACCCAUGGAUUUUCCAUUCCAGGACCUUGUGGAACUUACUAACAGUUGCAAAGAGUUAUUGUCGUUCUUCAGUAGCUACCAGUACGCUCCAAAAUACAAGAUGUUUGACUCCCAACUGCUUCACGCUAUGAAGGGGUUUGCAAACGCACCACCUGCACUGUCAUGGGGCACACUUGCCGCACGGUUUCGGGUGCUAAUGCAGUUUGAAGACGAGCUCCAGACAAUUGUAAGCGACCCCAAAUUUUUGGGGUCUAGCUCACCUGCAAAUCAACGCACAAUCCGCGAAAGCAUAAAGGAAUUUGUAUUAAGUCUCAACUGGAAGAUGACGUUGGAGAAGGCAAUUACGAUUCUUACGCCUGUCGAACUUAUUCUGUAUAAGUUUCAGGAUGAUCGUGCUCCCAUCUCGGAGGUCUAUUUUGAGUCAAAACACUUGCUUACGGACUUCGAUGCAGUCUUUGGUCUGACAACGGUUGAGCUAGAAUACAUCAAGAAGGUAGUCACUGAGAGGUUGCAGUACGUGCUGAGCGAAGCUCACGGCUUGGCGUUUCUGCUGGAUCCACGAUAUAUUGGCAAGUCUAUGACACGAGAUUAUCGCGAGCAGAUUGAGGGGCUGAUCUUUAACUUUCCCAAGACGGACCAAGACGUGGGUGUUAAUGAAGAACGGAGGCGAGCAAUGUCAGCAGAGUACACCGAUUACGUUAUUUAUGCCAAGAACCAGCGCAACAAUCGCACCUACAAGUGGGAGAUGUUAGAGAAAGGGAAUCGUUCGCCACUGCAGUUCUGGCAGAUGGACGCAGAAGAUUGGCCGCACCUCAAAUCACUAGCGCUUACGCUGUUUUCGCUAGCGCCAAGCAGCGUUGCAUCAGAGACAACGCUGUGCAAGAGUAUAUUGGCACAAUCCAAUCGCCGGAACAAACUUAGCUUCGACAAUAUGCGGCGUCUAGCCUUUAUUUGCAUAAACGACUCACAGUUUGCUUGUGGGGAAGUGCAGAAUAACACGUUGCCGGAUUUUACUGUAGGGGAUACAGCACUAUCUCCUGAUGGAAUGAUGAUGUGGAUGAUAUGA